GUCAGUGUUUUCCUUCUGAUAGAUCCACUAUUCAACAUGAACGCUUUGAUCCUCGUUGCUUUUACCGUCUUGGCCGCCACCGCUGCCUCCGGCUCACCCCACGGUCUAGGCCUCGGUCUCGGUCACGGUUAUGGCGGUCACGACCUUGGCCACGGUGCUGGUCAUGUCGCCAUCGUCAACCCCCACGCCCUUAGCCCCGUUGGACCCUCUGGAAUAGUCACCGGACACGGAGCUUCUGGACCAUCAGGCGUAGUUACCGGACAUGGUGCUGCUGGACCUUCUGGAAUCGUCACCGGAGCUGGACCGAUUGGACCCACCGGACCCGCUGGACACGGACACGGACAUGGACACGCCGUUGUAGCUGCUGCCCCUGUCGUACUCGCCGCCCCAGUCGCCGCUUACGGAGCUGGACACGGAGGUUGGGGACAUGGUGGACAUGGUGCCUGGGGACUCGCCGGACACGGUGGCUGGGGAGGUCAUGGAUUAGGCGUUCAUGGUGGUCAUCAUGGCUGGUAAACGAAGUGUACAGAAAUCAGAGCUGCCCUGUGUAUGAUAAUAGAGUAUUUUUUAUAAUUUUAUAAAUAUUUAAAUAAAUGUAUAAUUUAUUGCUGUGAA